UAACGCACCAGAUUAAUAUGUGUUUUAGGAUAUGCAGGCUUUUUUAGAGCAAGUGAAUUGUGCAGCAUUAAAAAUUCGGACAUUAAGUUCCAUGAUGAGUAUGUUGAAAUUAAGAUCAGGAGCUCAGACCGAUAUAUACAGGAGAGGUAAUUCUGUUCAUAUAGCGAAAUCCAAUUCGCCUUUUUGUCCUUAUCAGUGUUUGAAAGACUAUCUUUGUCUGGCUGACAUUCGAACUCAUGCGGAUGAAUUUAUUUUUAGAUCCGUUAGGUUUUUCAGAAACAGCAGAUCUUAUAAAUUGUCUCUUGCUGAUAAACCUUUAUCUUAUACAUCUAUGAGAGAGAUUUUUUUAAGAGCGUUAUCAGAAGUCGGUGAAGAACCUAGAAAAUUCGGACUUCAUUCCCUAAGGUCAGGAGGGGCAACGGCAGCUGCUAAUGCGGACAUUCCAGACAGGUUGUUUAAAGCUCAUGGAAGAUGGAGAAGUGAGACUGCGAAGGAUGGUUACGUUAAAGACAAUAUUAAUAUUAUUUUAUCAGUUUCAAAAAAUCUUGGUUUGUUAUGUAUUAAUUUCAUGUAGUAUUAAAUUAUUCAACUUUAGUCAUCACCCGACGUUUGUUUUUCGAAAUGGCUAACUACGUCUAUCCUAUAUUAUGUGUUUGUUUUAUUUUAUUAGAAUAGGAAAUAAUUUAUGUUCGGCUGAGCAAAGCGAAAGAGAACAUAAAUAAAUUUCUUUUAGGUUAAAUGUAAAAAAAAAUAUAAGUGUUGUCUGUUGGGUUCGAGCCUGAGAUGUUUUGGUUGUUGAGCCAUCGUAUGUUCCACACGGCCACUCACGCUGGAUAAUUCUGGGUAUUUAAACGUUUCAGUCGUGUGUGUUAUAUUAUAAGUACUAUAUCAUGUAUCGUAGCGAUUUAUGGGUACUUUGGCUCUAGGGUAUUUAAAUCCAGGAAUCGGUCAGAGUAAUCAUUCGACAUUAGUUAGCCACACGACUGACAAGUUGCUAAGUUUAUCAUUUUAUUAUUACAAAUUGAGUUUUAUUUUCAGAUAAAUAAGCAUUGGGAAUAAAUUUCAGUCUUCAACAGUUGCCAUGGUUUUUGCGGCAUCCAAGAUCCAAUCGAAGGUUAUUCUAUGGAAGUAGACCUGUCCUCCUGAUGACUUAUGUGCAAUUUGUAGUUUAAUAAAUGGCUAACUACGUCUAUCCUAUAUUAUGUGUUUUUUUAUUUUAUUAGAAUAGGAAAUAAUUUAUGUUCGGCUGAGCGAAGCGAAAGAGAACAUAAAUUCAAUUUCUUAAAUUGCACAGAUGCACACAUACCACCUCCUCAGAAAGUUUUGCAGCUUUUUUCAUUGCUUCUCGAUCCAUGUGCGAGUGGUUACAUGAAGAAAAUGGUUGAUCAGUUUGGAAGUCAGAAUAUUCAGGAAUGUGCCUCCCAUCAUGGCCAUGAGUCGGUGUUUUUGAAUUUGGACUCACCAGAACACAGUAAAGAAUUCGACCAAAAUGCUUGUUUGUCAACACCUCUUAUUUCCUUGGAUCAAAUGCCUAUGUCAACCAUGCUUUUUGAAGACAAACCCUAUUCUGACUCGUCUCAAUCCUUCGAGAUGCCUUGUAGUGCCACACCAACACAGACAGUGACACUCAGAUCACCUCGGAAAAAAAUUAAUUUACCAGCCAUGCCUGUUGAAGAUGAACUUUCCUAUGAUCAGCUUCAGCAGUUCAACUUAACCAAUGACUCUCCAAGACCAAUCUCGACUUACCGGUACUUGCCAAGGACCCCCUCAAGAAAAAUGAACAUUUCUUCUAGUCCUGGUCAAUUCACCUCACUAACUGAAUCCCCUCUUCCCACCACUAAUAUGCAAAUAAACAACAUGGUUACUCCGAUGGAGGCACAAAAAAACUACAGCCAACGGAUCAUUUCACCUUCCCCACUAAUUCCCCAAUGGCUACCAAUACCUCAACCUCUUCAAAAUUCAGGAGAUUCCAACCUCAACCCCCAAACAGCAGGAUAUCUCCAAGGAAGAUGUCAUCCAAGAGUACCCUUGAAGUUGAUAUCUCAACAGAAAAAAACAAUUAACAUCACCAUUGACAAGGAGGUAUUGGCUGUGGCUGUCAGGCUAGCCAAAAAAUCGGCCAAACCAGCUUACACCUUGACCAUGAAGUUGAUGCCUGGCCUCUUCACAACUGAGGAGAUGGCUCUGUCAAGAAGUCAAGGCCUUUUAGCCAAAAAAGGGGACUUGAGGCUAGCUCUAGAUAAAGAUAAAGUCUUAGUUUUGAAAGAAUGGUUUGUGAUUCCAUACACGUCAGAUAAGGAAUUAAGUCCACUCCUGACCUCUAGUCAAUUGGAGGAUGAAGAAACAGGAAAGACUGGGGAGGAGAAAGUAUUUAAAGUUGGAGAUUAA